AUGUCCAAGGUGGAUGCUGAAGUCAUCAUUGUUGGAGCCGGUAUCGGCGGCCUCACACUCGCUGCAAUCUGCAAACGGCUGGGCAUCACUUACAAAGUUCUGGAGAGGACCGAGGUUUUGCAGCCUGUUGGCGCUGGAAUUUCUCUGGCCCCUAAUGCUCUUCGCGUCCUUGAUCAGAUUGGUGUCUAUGAAGAACUUCAGGAGACUGCUCAGAAGCUGCAAAAGCUGCAAAUCUGGCGCAAUGCUACCCAGUGGAAUAGCUUGAGUUUAGAGAAACUUGAGCCAACUUAUGGCUACCCAAUCCUGUCUGCUGAGAGACACAACUUCCACAGACUUCUUUACAAGGCGGCUGGCGAAGAAGAGAAUGUCAUCCUGGGCUCCAAGGUUGUCGAUAUAGUUGACACUCCCGGCGAGCCCGUUCGUGUCGUCGUCGAAGGAGAGAAAGAGUAUCGUGGCAACCUUGUUGUUGGUGCAGAUGGCAUCCGAUCAGCUGUCCGACGAGCCCUCUUGCGCAACACUGGUCAGGAAGCGUCGGCGAAUACCAUCCAGUUCACUGGACGUGUGCAUUUUUCCGGAAUAACCAGCCCACUACCUAACUGUGGUCCUAAGGAGCUGGGUAUUGCCAAUUGGAUGCUUUACGAUCAAGCAAUCCUGACCACCUGGCCAUGCAAGGACAACAGACAGUGGUAUAUUGGGGUCAAGAAAGCGGAGGGAGACGUCGAUACAAAUCGCUCGGUAUGGGAUUCGAUCACGCCCGCAGACAUCAAGAAAGUCUAUGGCCGAGCUUUCCAUCCAUUCGCGGAGGAGGGUCAGUUUGGAAGCAUCAUCGACAAAUCGGAGAGGGUUGUUGCCAGUAACGUUUUCCAGGAAGUGGAAUUCCCAUCCAUGUACAAUGGAAGAGUGGCACUUUUAGGUGAUGCCGCCCAUAGCAUGACGAGCUUCUUUGGACAAGGCGGUUGUCAAGCCAUUGAAGAUGCCGCUGUGUUAGGCAACUUGUUGGCUGAGAAUCCAAGAUUGCCGUACGGCACCGGCCCAUUCGUGAGAUGGCUGCUUUACACCCUUGUGCCCACAUGGUUUUGGAUCAACUAUCUUGGCUGGCUGUACAAGUACCAGCCAACUGUAACUGCUUUAGGUACGCCGUCUGCCCACGGAAAGAAGAACGCGUGA